AUGUCACCAUCCUUCUCGACGCCUCCAUACCCUUCUUCAUCCGUCACCCCUUUCACAGUCGACAUUCCCUCAUCAUUCCUCGCGUCUCUCCGGUCUCUCCUUCAAUUAUCCAAGAUCGGUCCCGCCACGUGGGAAAACACUCAACCAGCCUUUGGGACGACUCACAAAUGGCUAUCCGAGGCCAGAGAGGCAUGGCUAGACCCGUCCGUAUUCUUGUGGCAUUCUCACCAAUUACGCAUCAACGCGAUACCCAACUUCAUCUCAACCCAGUCGCUCUCGGAUCUGGAUUUUAAGUGGACGCAAGGCAUUGACUACAAUCUUCACUUUCUUGGCCUCUUCUCCAGCCGUAAAGAUGCUCUGCCAGUCGUCGUCCUUCAUGGAUUUCCGGGCAGCUUCAUGGAGUAUCUGCCCGUUCUUGAACUUCUGAAAAGGAAGUACACCCCGGAGACAUUGCCCUAUCACAUCAUCGUCCCUUCCCUACCGGGCUACGGUUUCUCGUCAUUCUCGGCGGCCUCUGAGGAAGAUGUUUUUGUGAAGGCAGAGUUCGACUUCUACGAUGCGGCGAACAUUCUCAACCAAUUGAUGGUCCAACUGGGUUUUGGCGAGAGGUACAUAGCUCACGGCGGCGACGUUGGCACCCUGCUUUCCAGAAUCUUAGCGGAGACGUUUGAUGGAUGUAAAGCUUUUCACAUGAAUGGUCUCUUCGCCACUAAAGAAACCCCUCCAAACGACAUGGAAGGCUACACCGAGGAAGAUAAGCAACGCAUUGCCAAUGCCCAAGCCUUCUUCGCCACAGGGACUGGAUACUCUGUUAUGCACCAGACCAAGCCCGGCACUGUUGGAUUCACUGUCGCAUCCAACCCGUUGUCUCUGUUAGCAUGGAUUGGCGAGAAACUCUGUGACUGGGCGGAAGAUCCCCCGCCAAUUGACACCAUCCUCGCGAACGUGACCCUUUACUGGGCCACGGACACCUAUCCACGUUGCAUCUACUCGAACCGCUUUCCAGCCAGCAUUCCCUUCCCCGCAGAAAAGCCGUUCGGAGUGUCCAACUACCCCUUCGAACUGGUGCCAGCCCCAAAGGCUUGGGUCGAGAAGACCUUCCCCAACCUGAUCUUCUACAAGGAUUAUGAAAGGGGAGGACACUUUCCGGCUCUAGAAGAGCCCGAGGCAAUGCUAGCCGGGCUGGAGGAGUUUCUCGCCAAAGUUCGACCCAUGAUUCACGAAGACACAGAUCGAGGCGUCUCGAAGUGA